GACAAUGAGAAGCGGACACCGUUGCAUGCCGCUGCCUAUCUAGGAGAUACAGAAAUUCUAGAGCUACUCAUACUAUCAGGAGCCAGAGUAAAUGCCAAAGACAACAAGUGGCUCACUCCUCUGCACCGGGCCGUGGCUUCCUGCAGUGAGGAGGCAGUCCAGGUGCUAUUGAAACACUCUGCCGAUGUGAACGCCAGGGACAAGAACUGGCAGACGCCGCUCCACAUCGCUGCGGCCAAUAAGGCGGUCCGCUGUGCUGAGGCCCUGGUCCCUCUCCUCAGCAAUGUGAACGUGUCGGACCGGGCCGGGCGCACGGCGCUGCACCAUGCAGCCUUCAGCGGACACCUGGAGAUGGUGAGGCUGCUUCUCUCCAGAGGAGCCAACAUUAAUGCUUUUGACAAGAAGGACCGCCGGCAAUCCACUGGGCUUGCUUACAUGGGUAAUGAGUUGACCUACAUCAUUUACAUUCUGACUAAUGUGACGGAGUCCAUCCAAAUCAUCUUGGUUCCUGGACUCUGUCCAGGCAUUUCAAGGCUGRGUUGAAACAAUGACUGSUAAAUGAUCCAAGACCAGCUCAAGACCAGCUCAGUUAAUCKCUACCAUUGUGACAAUGAGUC